UGCGGCCACCCCCGAGGUGGAAGCAGUUAAACAACACACAGCAACAUCACAUGAGUUUAGGACAGGCAGUGAAGAGGAGUAUCGUGCCCAAUUGAAACGUCAGGGGGAGUUCUAGUUCUCUGAACAUGUCCCAGAAGGAUCCCUGCCAGAAACAAGCCUGUGAAAUACAGAAAUGCUUGCAAGCGAACAACUACAUGGAGUCCAAGUGUGAAGCUGUGCUUCGAGAGAUGAGGAAGUGCUGCGCCCGGUACCCUGAGGGCAGAUCCAUCUGUUGUUCAGGUUUUGAGAAGGAAGAGAGAGAAAAACGUAAAGCUACUUCAAAAGGAAUUCCCCCACCACCACCUCAGUAAUACAAAGCAGCUCCAGCAGGUGCCAGAGCAUGGACUCACCUGCCAAGCUCAGGUGUGUGUUUUUGAGCCUCCUCUGGACUUUCUGGAAAGCCAGAGGGCUCCUAGAACACACCGCCCCGCGCACCAAAAAGCGAAACGCAGUACCAAGAGAUGGCCUGGUUAACAGACUUUUAUUUUCUGUACCAAAACAUCACCUACGUUGUCCUCGCAUCGUAUCCGUGUCUGUGGAAAAAUCAAUCUGAUGUGUUUAGAUUGCUUACCUUUCUCUAACCCAUCCCUGCUCUCAAAACGGAGGGCUGGAACCAAGUUACUGUGGCUUCUGGAGGGGGAGGUACAGGAAACGUGCUCUUAAGAGCGAGUUUAAGCGUGACACGUGAAAACAAAGUCCAUUUUGACACAGCAAAAGGCACCGCUGCCAUCAGGCAGUGGUUCCAGGCUUACAUUCACUUGUCCAGUGGUUCAAGCUCAAGAAUGGGAAUGGGGUCUGGGUUUGUUCCCAGGUCUUGCAUAGCUCACAGUGACCUGUGUCACUCUGCCUAAGUGCCUCACUUUCCCACUGGACAGGAGUUUAGGUGACUUUCUAUUUGAAUUGCCUACACGCUGCUAUUUGCAUGACAAUGGAGACGUUACAGGAACAUUAUUUCAGGGAUUGCUACAGGAAUAGGAUCUUUUUUUUUAAUUAAAAAAAAAACAAAAACAAAACAAAAAAGCAAAAGCAAUAUUCGUAUGGAAAUCCUGACUGUUGCUCUGAAGUUUAUAAAUCUCUGUCUAAUUGAAGACCUUGAAGCAAUAUGUUACCAACCCAGCACGUCUCAGUGUGCUGGGACCCAGAGGCCUAUCACAAAGCCCUGGGCUAGAUCCAAGAACCGAUUUAGGUGCCACUUCUGAGCACUCAGUUGUAGGCACCCUCUGUCAGUACAGCAUGUCAGACUCACACACAACCCAACCUGUGUCUGGACCCCAGGGAGAGAUAGAUCUGCAGAUACUCUCACCCGUGCAGCAGAAUUUCCUGUGACCUGUAGAAGAGCUCAGUUGUCAGGUUCCUGCAUCACCCUUCAGAGCUGCCUCUGUCUCUCCGUCCACUGUAGCAGGAGUCCAGGCACCUCAGUGGGUGCCAAGUCCUUUGCAGGGCCCGGGCACCAAAACUCCAGGCUUCAAACCCACUAGGCUCCUAACUCUGUCAUUAGAUCUAGCCGUAAAAGGACUUUUGUGCUGUGAUAAUUAACCACAAAAUACAGCUUCUAUGAACAGACCACUGUAGUCUAGGCACAAUAGUUGAGUGUAUUGAAGCCUAGAAUGGCAAACCAUCUGUACUCACUGCUCUGAAAUACCAUAACAAGAAAUAAAUGACUGGAACAAAC